AUGGCCCCUCCGCCCCCACCUCACCCCCCCAAUCGACCCAGUGGCGCGCCUGACGCGAUCAUGGACGAUAUGGAGCUCGCCGACGCGUCUACAACGCGUCUUCCUGCCAAACCAACUAGCGAACCACCCCCCUCGGUCCUCCUCGCGUACUUGGAAAACUUCAUUGCAAAUCCCAACAACCGCUCGCCUCAAGGAGAGGUAAUCGUCGACCCGAGCUCGCUCGGAGCUAUCCUUGUUAUGAUGGACGCGGAGUCGACGCGUCUGAAGGAACUGAACCGCCAGAUGAGUCAAAUGGCGAAAAUGGUGGAAACCUUUGAUGCACGCCUCAAAGCUCUCGAAGGCGGACACGUGUCGUCCCCGGACCCCAAGACCCAACCAGCGAAAAAGUCGUACGCAACGGCGACCGACGAUAGCUCCUUAGAGGAGCGGGUCAAAGCGAUCACUGCAAUGGAUAUCCUGGUUGGGAGAGGUCUCUGCCGGGAUGACUGGAUUGGCAAACACAUUCCUGAUGCCCGACAGCAACUCGACCAACUUGGUAAACUGAACCCGGAGAAGAUACUCAUUGUAUACAACAACAGCUUGGAAUCACACCCGACAACACCACCCAUUAGAAAUCUGGGCCUGUCAAAAGAGGCCGCCGACCUGGCGGAGAACGGGAAGAGCUGGAAGGAUGCGCUGAGCGAGGUGAACUAUGUGGCCAGCUUUGUGGACUUCUUCGCCAAGGAGACCCUCCGGACAGACGGGAUCAUCGUCCCCAGCUCUACCCCUGCCGUUAGACAUCUCGUCAUCAAACAAACUAUCAGCAUCAUUGCUGCUCUGUCCUUGGAACUUCCCAGGGGCUAUGAUCACCUGUAA